AUGUCUGGAUAUCCUGACUCUGACCGCAUGCAGCAGCGUGAGAGGUCUCGUUCACCUCGUCGUCGUUCUUCUCGCAGUCCUCGUCGUACCCGUCGCUCUUACACCCCGCGCAGUCGCUCUCGCAGUCGUGACGAUUACCGUCGCAGUGACCGUCGUUCGCGAUCUCCUUUGAGUGCAGCUGGUGCACCUGGUUCGGGUUCUCCUUACGGUGGACGCAGUGGUUACGCGCCGGGCAGACCGUUCGAGGAUCGCUCCGUCAACAAAGAGAACAUGAUGCAAUCGGUUCGCGAUUCUUCCCAACAAGACCGCCGGGUCUAUGUAGGAAACCUUUCCUAUGAUGUCAAGUGGCAUCACCUCAAAGAUUUUAUGAGACAGGCUGGAGAAGUUCUCUUUGCCGAUGUUUUACUUCUUCCGAAUGGAAUGUCGAAGGUGGGCGCCAAUGUGAUUGUGGAAUACGCAACGAGGGACCAAGCACAAAAUGCAGUCAACUCGCUCAGCAACCAAAACUUGAUGGGUCGUCUUGUUUACGUUCGCGAGGACCGUGAGGCCGAGCCCCGGUUCGUCGGUGGCCCUCCCCGUGGCGCCGACUUUGGAGGUGGUCGUGGUGGAUUUGGUGGUGGAUUUGGCGGUCCUGGCGGUCCUCCUGGUGGUGGAGGUGCUCCAGGCCGUCAGCUCUAUGUGUCCAACCUUCCUUUCAACGUGGGUUGGCAAGAUUUGAAGGAUCUUUUCCGCCAAGCGGCUCAGCAGGGUACUGUCAUCCGCGCCGAUGUGCACACAGAUCCCACCGGCCGUCCCAAGGGAUCCGGUAUCGUCGCUUUCGAGUCGCCAGAUGAUGCGCGCAAUGCUAUCGCCCAGUUCAACGGAUACGAGUGGCAGGGCCGUCCUUUGGAGGUUCGUGAGGAUCGAUUCGCCGGUGCCAACGCCGGUUACUCUGGUGGUGCCCGUGGUGGUUUCAACCCCGCUUUUGGCGGCCGUGGUGGUGGUUUUGGUGGUCGUGGAGGCUUUGGUGGUCGUGGCGGUUACGGCGGUGGCUUCGGCGGCCGUGGUGGCUUUGGCGGCGCUCCUGGCUUCGGUGGUGGUCAUGGUGGUGGAUUCGACCAGGGCGCUCCUCCCGCUCCCUCUGGUCCUCCCAACCCCUUCACGGACUAUGCCACCUCUGGCGGCGACAAGACCUCGACUAUCUAUGUGCGCAACCUUCCUUGGUCCACUUGCAAUGAGGAUCUAGUCGACCUGUUCUCGACCAUCGGUAAGGUUGAGAAGGCCGAGAUCCAGUACGAGCCCAAUGGCCGUUCUCGUGGCACUGGUGUCGUCGAGUUUGAUACUUCUGACACUGCCGAGACUUCUAUUGCCAAGUUCACUGGCUACCAGUAUGGCGGCCGUCCCUUGGGAAUCACCUUUGUCAAGUAUCUCAAUGCAGGCCCUGGCCCCGAGGCGAUGGAUGGCGCCGAGCCCACUGGAGGUCUCACCCAGGACCAAAUCAUGUAA